UCAGUAUUGUGCGUGUAUUCGUGGCCAUUGGUCAGCGCGGGGGGACGCCGGGUGAAUGAUGAACUCACGUGACCGACAAUUUUGGACAGAGUUCCUGCUGCUCUACCGAUCGCUGCCGGCCGUGUGGAAGGUGCGGAGUCCGCAGUACAGCAGCCGGGCAAUGAAGACCGCCGGAUACGAGCAGCUGGUGGGCAAGCUGCGCGAGGUGGAGCCGCAUGCGAACCGCCCGCUGGUGGUCAAGAAGAUCAACUCGUUCCGCACGAACUUUCGGCGGGACCAGCGUAAGCGCGAGCAGUGCGUCGAGGAGGGGCUGCCCUUCGAGUCCACGCUGUGGUACUUCGAUCUGCUGGGGUUCCUCGAGGGGCAGGAUGAGGCCGCUGUCACCAGCCAGGGAGCAGCCAAGGGCGAAGCAGCCUCGGAGUUGGACGGCGAGGAGAUCUUCUUUCCCGCCUAUGAAAUAUCAUCGCCCAAAAGGCGCCGCCGGGCCAUCAAAGAGGAAUCGCAGCCGUCGCCCAAUUCCUGCCCCUCGCCGGCCGCAACCAGCUAUUCCUGCUCCACCUAUCAACAGCAGAUGCCAGAGCGCAGAGCAUGCACGGGCCCAACCGAAACGGAGGCCUUGGCCCACACCUGGAGCAGCCAGUUCCAGGAGCUCUCGCAGCGUCAGCGGAUUCUAGCGCGAAAGCUGAUCUCUGACGUGCUCUACUACGGCUGCAUGGGGCAACUGGAGCCCAGCCAUGUCGAUCAGCUGCAGCAGAUGAUGCUGGCACCAUCAUCAAAUGCCUUGGCGCAAGUCGAAAACGUUUCGGGCUCAACGGAUUCAGCGAAACUGCAACCCCUGGAGGAAUACAGAGAAAAGAAUGCUAGGGAUGGAGAUAUUUGAAGAGUUUGGCAAUGAAGGCAGCUAAAUGCAAAACCUUUAAUAGCUAAGAAUUUUAAUAAAUAAUGUCACUUAAUUUUAUUUGGAAUCUUCUGAAAAAAUAUAUUAGCCAAUUUUAAUCAGAAAAAUGCCUUAAUUUUGAUC